AGAAAUCAGUAGUUAGACUCUAGAGUAGAGGUCGACUUUGAUAGACACAUUUAGACUAGGAUAGUGACCACAUUUUGCAGGAUAGUUAGCCUUGAAGAUUGGCCCAGGUAUGCCAGACAACCGAGAUUGAUCUGGGACCAAUGGGGAGUAGAGGUAGCUAGCGAUUUGUAUCCUUAGUCAUUUGAUGAUUGUUUGAGGCCCUGAUAAAGGAAGCUCGAACUAUUGCUCGUAUGCCCUGAUUAGGGUUAUAACCGGAGGCCUUAAGAUAGGUCUAAGAAAUUUAAGCCCAUGUACUAGGUGCUCUCCAUCUUUGAGAGCUAUCAAGGUAUUUUUACCUAGUGCUUGGGUCAGGAGUUCCAUGUUUCCGUUCACCACGGGAAUUCAAUAAGUCAGGACCUUUCACCCCUGGCUGGUGGACGGAACAACACUCCACUACUGACGUACUCCAAGCAUUGGGGUAGUUGCUCGCCAGCCACCAAACCUUGGAUUAUUUUUUCAUGUGUAUACUCUAAUAUUUGCUUAAUGUUGAUGGCAGUUCCUGUACAAAAGCCUUUCCCAUGAUUUCAAGGUCCUCAGAUCAUCUACUUUGAGAAAGCCAUUCAUUUUAAAAAGUGGCUUGGUGUGGAACAACUAGUCAACAUUAUUCAUCCAACGAAUGACUCUUUUUUUGUAGCAUUGUCAAACAGUUCGUUCUGAAAUGGAAACCAUAGAACUCAAGUCCGUAGUUUAGUGUACUUCGAACGAGGCCAUUAUGAAGUUUCUUUUACACGAUAGUGAGGACCGAUAUUCGGACCAGGUACGAGUAAAAGAUUGUCUUCUGAAGCUUGUUUGCAACGCAAUCUACGUGUAUGAAAAUUCAAGUUUGAUUGAUUGUCUACCUUAUUAUUUACGAAAACAAUUGAUUGACUUUUCAUUGUCGUCAUUUGUUGUCGUGCUCUCAACCUCAGCUAUUUAUACGAUCAUCUAUUUCAACUUUCCAAUUGAGAUUGCAAUCACUUUAUUAUUAUUAUUAGAAUUUGGAUUUCCUUACAUUUAAAAUGAGUUCAUUUCUUUCAGACCCAUGCUGAACAUUUUUCAAGUUCAUGGUUUACCUCUUCUUCUAGUCUGACUGGUUGAUUUCCAAGAUACUUCAAUGCGACAUCAUUAGAAGCUUUGAUUAAUGAUGUUGUGGAAGCCACUCACUCGCCUCCGCCUUAUCGAUGAUAUGAAUCGAAAAAGGAAAAGGCCCGAGUAUGCUUCCUUGAGGAACCCCUCAUAUUAUUUGGAGCUUGGUAGGCCUGACGCCACCAAGUUCUAUAAAUCGAUUGAUUUGAAAGAGGUUUACAAACCGUUCCAAACAGCAUUCUAUGCUAGCUUGUUGAUCCAGAUGCCAUGAUCAACGCAAUCAACUGCCUUUUUUUAAUCGAGGAAAAAUUUUGGAGGGCAAAUCCUUUUUCUUGGUUAUUCGAAGUGUUUUGCAGAAACUUAUGGAAUCGCGUUCAUUGUGUCUUGUUUUUUCUUACCCCAUUGACGGUAAAGAAGAAGUUUUGGUUUCUAAGAAGUCAUGUACAGUUUAUGUUUGCUUACUGGUUUUCUUGGACUUGGUGUCCAAAUCGUUGUCGACUUGGAUAGAGUUCAGGCGGGUUGAUGCAACGCGUCCCCGAGUUAAGUUAUAGGUUCUGUUGUCUCGUCCCUCUUUCGUCUUUUUGUCCUUGCUUCCUGAGAUUUCCUUCGGCUUGACGUUAGAAUGAUGGAGAACAUAGUUCCAUUUCUCAGCAUUAGGUUGGGCUUGUCAUUUGUUGUCUUGAUUGUUGGCGGGAUUCACUUGUGGUUCUAGUUCUUUAUCGGCUUCACCCAACCCUCAUGUCUAAACCUUCUUUGCUAAUAGUGGUCGGACUCUAAAAUCAAGAAUAGUAUCUUCUAAUAGAUCGCAAAUCAGCCAUCCUCUCCGUUCCCCAAAUGGCCUCCAAUUGGACAUCCUUCUUGGGGUAGAGACACUGUUUGGCAUCCCUGAUCUCUUAGGGGAACAUAAUUUAGGUGAAUAAAUCAAAUCUUGGAGUUGCAAUGAUUUCGAUUCGAUUUGGGAGUCAGACAUCAUGAAAAGGAAAGAGAAACCAUGGCUUGAAUUGUUGGGGCUUAGAUGGCCUGCUAUUAAUCAGUUUUUCUUUUUUGUUUUUGUUCUCUGCCUCAUUUCAGUCUAGCAAAUAUGUUUGUUCUCAUUAGGAGUGGGUGGGAUCGAGAACACAUUUGUUGACGAAUCUACCCGUUUGCCUCUCAGCUCUCCGAUUGCUUAAAGCCACUCAGUUUGCUUUCACCAGCCAACCAUUCACCACUGCUCAUCACCACCAAUCCCAUCCAAAGGACCUCAGCAUCUCUCCAGUUUCCAAACCAACCUUUGAGUAAGCCUAAAUCAACAUGAUGAUUGCAACGACAUGCUUUGUGGUCACAUUAUUGAUUUUUAUCCAAGGACAAGUUGGUAACUCCCAUGUCGCCACCUUUCGUCAAGCAACUGACUCGAUAAAGAGUGACACCUCAAGAAUCUCCGUCGGCGCAAUGAAAUAUCGUUUGGAAUUCGAGGAGGGCUCUGGAAUAAUGGAAACGAUGUUAAAUGUGGAAGAAUGUCCCGGAACUGGCUUUCCAAGGUUUACCAUUUCCCUGCCGAAUCCGACCGGAUGUUAUGUUUUUCAGACAACGGGUUUUAACAUGGAGGGAUAUCCGAAUAAUACAAGACCUUCGUCUUCUUCACACUUAUGCGGUUACACCAUUCAGUUUGAGGCUAUUGUAAGUGGAACAGUGACCGUUAAAGAAAAAGAUUUUCAGUUCCAAGGACCGAAUAGUUGUGGAAAUUGCGUGGAUUAUGUCUACAUUUCUGGUGUGAACGAUCAACAACAACAAAACGAUGGUAGUGACUCUGAUGACCAAAAUUCGAGUACAGAUGGCAUUGAAUAUUGUGGCACGAUCCAAGGAGACAAGAUCCGUGAUUUCUCUGAUUCUUCACUUUUCAUUGAAUUUGGCGCCGACAACACAGUGAACGGCAACGGAGCCGAGAUUGUUAUCUGCAUUACUUAAAAGAGUUGGGGGUCAAAAACGUGAUUCUAUGUUUUUGUCACUUUAUGAACUAUGAAGUGAGUGUUGGUUUUUUCUUUUAAUUUGACCGACUGCAUAGGUUCGAAAAUAGAUUAAAUAAAUCCUGUGAAAG